ACUAGUGAUGGAGCUUGAAGAGACCAGGAAGCACGUGGUUAGCAACGAAUCUUUUGAAGGAAUACAAGUCCUUCUUAGCCCUGAGAGCCACGCAACAGCUCCUCACUGUCCGCAUGGCCCAACGUUGUUGUUUGUAAAAGCUUCACAAGGAAGACAGCAGGGCAGAAGAUUUUAUGCAUGUUCAGCCUGUCGGGAUAGGAAGGACUGCAAUUUCUUCCAAUGGGAAGAUGAAAAGGUUUCAGAAGCAAGGCUUGCAGCACGAAAAGACUAUAACCAACGCCAACAGCCGCCUCUGACACACAAGCAGUACAUGAUAAGGUUUGAAAACUUUAUUCAGCUUCCAUUGGCCAAAAGAAAGUUUUGCAGAGAUUGCCAGCAGCUCCUGUUGCAAGAUGAGUGGGACAGACAUUUUGCUCAUCAUGUGCUUGGUGACAUCUCUGUAUCUCAAUUAAAAAGACCCAGCCUCCUGUUGCAUCCUUUAGAAAAUAAGAAGUCCAAUGCUCAAUAUCUGUUUGCAGAUCGAAGCUGUACAUUUCUUCUAGAUGCUAUAACCUCUCUGGGGUUCAGACGAGUCCUCUGUGUUGGGACACCCAGGCUUCAUGAAUUAAUCAAACUCCGUGCCUCUGAAGAGCCAAAAAUGAAAAGUCUUUUGCUAGACAUUGACUUCAGGUAUUCUCAGUUCUACAACGAGGAGGAAUUUUGCCACUACAACAUGUUUAAUCACCAUUUCUUUGGUGGCGAGGAGGCUCAAGAUAUUUGCCGGAAAUUCCUUCAAAAAGACGAUGGUGAAGGCGUCCUCCUGGUAACUGACCCACCUUUUGGAGGUUUAGUAGAACCACUAGCAUUCAGCUUUAAAAGAUUAAGAGAAAUGUGGAAGACUUCAUCAAACACUGAGAGUGGGAAAGAACUACCCAUGUUUUGGAUCUUUCCAUACUUCUUUGAGCCUCGUAUUGUACAGUGCUUUCCUGAGUUCUCCAUGCUCGAUUAUCAGGUUGAUUAUGAUAACCAUACUCUUUAUAAGCAUAAGAAGGCUGGGCGAAAACAGUCACCUGUGCGUAUAUUCACUGAUAUUCCACCGGAAAAAAUCCUACUUCCUGAAAAUGAAGGAUACAGGUUUUGCUCAGAUUGUAAGCGAUUUGUAUCUUCAGAAAAUAAGCACUGUGCAAUCUGCAAUUCCUGCACUUCGAAAGAUGGCAGACGAUGGAAGCAUUGUGUAUUAUGCAAGAAGUGUGUGAAGCCGUCUUGGACGCACUGUAGCGGAUGCAAUCGAUGUGCACUUCCUGACCACUCAUGUGGUGUUGGCAAUGAGCCUGGCUGCUUUCUCUGUGGAGGAAAAGAUCACAAACACAGGAGCUGUCCCCGUCAUACUGAAACUGCAAAAGGCAAUAAGAAAAAAAAGAACCAGAAAAGAAGAAAUAUCCAGAAGACAAAUAAACAAGCCCAUGCUACAGCUGGCAAAGGGAAAAGAAACCGAAAAAAACGAUAGGGUUUGGAGAAGAGCAGUCUUGUUGAAUUUAAACUCAACAACACACUGUGACUUAAGAACCUGAACCAUUGCUUUGUUAUAGAGUAAAAGAGUUGUAGAACUUAACUUAUCACUAAAAGUAAAAUGCAGUGCACUGGCUGCAUUGAUAUUAUUGCUAGCAGGAUUAAUUGUUCUAGUACGCUCUCUGCAUGCUGCACCUGAACCUCACCAUGCCCAUGGAAACUUGAGAUUUAGUAGGUGGGAUUGGAGAGCAGUACUGCUUUAGUGUCCAGCAACUGUCAAAACGAAAGCUUUUAGAAAGCUAGCAUAAAUAAAUGCUAAUCAUAAGAAAGGAAGUGGUAAGCUUUGCAGCAUGUGACCUUAGAUUCUAUAUGCCAUUAGGCUGCCCUUGGGUAAAUGGGCAGAUCAAAGUGUUUUUAGGAAUCGAGGCUUUGAUUGUAGCUCGUGCAUUUAGUGUACAGCAAACAACCACGCUACUCAUAAGACUUACACUAUACCACUUUCACUUUUGUAUCUACCAAAUAUCAUCGUUCUCCAUUUAUACUGUCAUCUUUUUUUUAUGCAGUGAUGUAGAGAAACUAUUUGGUAAUAUCUGAUUACUUAGCAUUCAUAUGCAACAGGGAUAAUGUAGAAUGUAUUUUACUUUGCUUAUAGCAGAUGGAUAUUGAAAUAAACAUGUAUGCAGAUUAUCA